UAUCUCCAUCAUACGGCGUUUGUGUGGCACAGGCCUUCCCUGAACUCAUCUCUCUCUCUCUCUCUCUCUCUCUUUCUCUCUCUAGAUUAUCUCUUCACCAUCUUCGUCCCCGCUCAUCGAUUGCCAACCCUUCGCAAAUAUUGCCACAUAAUUUAUCCGAAAUCAAAGUGGCACAAGACAAUCAUUACUACUCUCUCUCCGCUCACAGCCGAAUACGAAUCGUUUGAACGUAUGUAGUAUUGGUUCGAAUCAAUGAGCUUUCAAUUUGAGUGUUUUCGGUUUUCUUCAACGCUCAUUAGUUCGUUUCGAUGAGAUUGCUCCGUUCCAAUGCGUCAUGAUAGGGAUGGCUUGUGCUCCUUCAAUGUCAGUUUCUGUGGAAUGUGUGAACGUAUGUAAGUUUUCGAUAGGGGAUGGGAGUGGUAGAUACGACUGUAGUGCCCUAUCUUGCGCGUGGAAGGCUCCGAGGGCAUUGACUGGGUUUCUGGCAAGCACUGCACAUUCUCCUCAGUGUUCGGUCUCGCCGAAUCAAAGAACUGGGAGAAGGAAUCGCUUCAAAUCUAGAUGUGAAGCAUCUCAUAUGGGGAGCUGGUACUGCACUGAAGCUUCUGAGUUUGUACUUCCAGGAAGACUCUUAAGAUCAAGUUUGGUUCAUGUUGGUUGUGGAAAAUGGAGAAUUUGUUGUUCUUCUCCAUCUUCUUCAGCAUCCUAUGAGGAGGUUUCACCUGAAAAGUUAUGGGAGGAUCUGAAACAAACUAUUUUGUACCUUCCAGCAAAAGAGUUGGAAUUGGUGCGCAAGGCUCUGAAUCUAGCUUUUGAGGCACAUGAUGGCCAGAAAAGACGCAGUGGAGAGCCCUUUAUCAUACACCCUGUUGAAGUAGCACGUAUUCUAGGAGACCUGGAGUUGGAUUGGGAGUCAAUUGCUGCUGGUUUGUUACACGACACAGUUGAGGAUACAAAUGUUGUUACUUUUGAAAGAAUAGAGAAGGAAUUCGGUCCUAUUGUCCGCCGCAUUGUAGAAGGAGAGACUAAGGUGUCCAAACUUGGAAAACUCAAGUGUGAGAGUGAAAACGAUUCAGUACAAGACGUUAAAGCUGAUGACCUCCGGCAGAUGUUUCUAGCAAUGACAGAGGAGGUCCGUGUUAUAAUUGUUAAAUUAGCAGACAGAUUGCAUAAUAUGCGCACUCUUUCACAUAUGCCUCAGCAUAAGCAGGUCAGCAUUGCGAAAGAGACGCUACAAGUAUUUGCUCCCCUAGCAAAACUUCUAGGGAUGUACCAAAUUAAGUCUGAACUUGAGAAUUUAUCCUUCAUGUACACAAAUGCUCAAGAAUAUGCAAAAGUCAAGAGUAGAGUUGCAGAGCUCUACAAGGAGCACGAGAAGGAACUCGUAGAGGCGAACAAAAUUUUGAUGGAGAAGAUUGAGGAUGAUCGAUUCUUAGACCUUGUGAGUGUGAAAACUGCAGUUCGAUCUGCAUGCAAGGAGCCUUACAGUAUCUACAGAGCUGUACAUAAAUCUGAAGGUUCAAUAAGUAAAGUCAACCAAGUUGCACAGCUUCGGAUCAUUAUAAAACCAAAGCCAUGCGUUGGAGUCGGGCCUUUGUGUAGUGCUCAGCAGGUCUGUUACCAUGUCCUCGGGCUAUUACAUGGAAUUUGGACCCCUAUACCUCAAUCUAUGAAAGAUUAUAUUGCGACUCCAAAACCUAAUGGGUAUCAGAGUCUUCAUACAACAGUAAUUCCAUUUCUUUAUGAGAGCAUGUUUCAGCUAGAAGUUCAGAUAAGAACUGAAGAGAUGGAUCUGAUAGCAGAGAGAGGCAUUGCUACCCAUUAUAGUGGGAAGGUUUUGGUUAACGGUUCCCUCAGGAUUGGUUGGCUCAAUGCAAUUAGGGAAUGGCAAGAGGAAUUUGUUGGAAACAUGAGUUCCAGAGAAUUUGUAGACACUAUCACCAGAGAUCUUUUAGGUAGCCGUGUCUUCGUGUUUACUCCAAAGGGAGAGAUUAAAAAUCUUCCCAAGGGGGCAACUGCCAUUGACUAUGCCUACAUGAUACACACUGAAAUUGGCAACAAAAUGGUCGCUGCAAAGGUCAAUGGUAUCCGUGUUUGUCCCUCUCAUGUACUUGCAAAUGCUGAAGUUGUUGAGAUAAUAUCCUAUGAUGCACUCUCAAACAAAACAGCAUUCCAAAGACAUACAGAGUGGCUGAAAUAUGCUAAAACACGAAGUGCCAGACACAAAAUUAAGAAGUUUUUGAUGGAGCAAGCUGCACUAUCGGCAACGGAAAUAACAGAAGAUAGAGUAAAUGAAUUUGUUACCGAUCCCAAGGAGGAUAGCAAAGUAGAAAGGCUCUCAGAUUAUUCCAAAGGAAGCUCCUACAACUGGGAGAAGAUCGUCAGGAAUGUUGUUGAAACCAGCAAAGAUACUUUCCAAGUCCGUGGUAGCAUUCAGGACCCCAAGGUCAAUGGGAAACAUAACAAGCAUAUGCAGCACGUGAGUUUGAAGGCCACAGGAGAGGUUUUAUUUCAGGGAAAUGGUGUAGGUGAAAUGAUACUUGCAAAUAUUCCCAUGUACAAAGAAGUCUUGCCCAGUCUGAACCGCUGGCAAGCUGACAAGGUUGCAUCUUGGCACAACCUUGAAGGGCAUUCCAUUCACUGGUUCUGUGUGGUGUGUAUUGAUCGAACAGGCAUAAUGGCUAAGAUUACAACAGCAUUGGCAGCAGUAGGCAUUACAAUAUGUGCUUGUGCGCAGGCAGAGAUGGAUAGAGGAAGAGGGAUGGCAGUCAUGUUAUUCCAUAUUGACGGACGCCUGGAUUGCUUGGUUAAUGUUUGUUCAGAGGUAGAUCUAAUGAAUGGUGUUUUGGGGUGGUCCGUGGGUUGCAGCUGGCCUGAAAGCCAACAAUUUCUAGAAUGCUAAUCAAUUGGUGCAGCUGGCAACUGAAUAAUUAACCCGGCUAGCAGAGGCUGGGGUGUGAAGUUUUGUCCUCUUGUAAAGAUCUGAGAUCUGGGUAAGCGGUAGAUAGAUUGGUAAUUACUUCUUUGAGUUUCUCCUUUUAUUUGUUGGAUACUGGUGACUAAGAGAAGCAGCCACCAAUUUGAUGUAGUCUGUGGAGUCGGGGGUUGUAUAUAGAGCGGACUAAUAGUUUUUGAAAUAUACUUGUAAAGAUACUUGCAAGAAGAGGAGACUUAAUCAUUUAUACAAAAGGUUUAUACACGACA